CAAACACCUUACUUCAGAGCGACUGCAAACUUUUUCAUAUUAUACAAAUUAAACGACACCGCGAAAAAGACAUAAACGUUGGAAUUAGAAAACCUAGUAUAUUUUCGUGAUAAGUCAACACGAAAAGUAACCUCCAAUUCAUUCUGCCAGACUCUGCAGCGGUCACCACAUUGUUCAUCCAGAUACAUCACUCAAAGGAUACAAUGGGGUCAAUUCCGGACUAUAGCCUGCCCCCGCAGGAGCUCGAAUUUGACGGGUUUCUCUUCGAUAUGGACGGGACUAUCAUCGACUCAACGGAAGCAGUAGUGAAGCACUGGGAGACAAUUGGGAAUGAGAUAGGCGUUGCCCCCGAAGUUAUCCUCGAGACGUCUCAUGGACGACGAAGCAUCGACAUCCUAAAGAUUCUCGCACCUGAAAAGGCGAACUGGGAUUAUGUAUGUGACAUGGAAGGACGUCUACCCAAGUACCACGGCCAUGAGGCUGUCGAGAUACCUGGCGCCCGUUCCAUGUUAGAAGCACUCAUCGCCAUAUCUAGCCCAUGGGCGAUCGUCACCUCAGGCACCGUCCCGCUCGUCACCGGAUGGCUACGUGCUCGAGACCUGCCCACACCGCCGUCGGAUCACCUCGUCACGGCAGAAUCCGUCGAGAAUGGUAAACCCGACCCCGCCUGCUAUCGCCUCGGCCGUGAGCGUCUCGGUCUGCAGGCGGAGGACGCCCAGGUCCUCGUCCUUGAGGACAGCCCAGCAGGGAUCCGCGCAGGGAAAGCAGCAGGCUGCAAAGUUCUCGGCCUGGUGACUAGCCAUACCGUUGAGCAGGUCAUCGCUGCAGAACCAGACUGGGUCGUUCGAGACCUCUCUUCAGUCAAGGUGCUUCGGAGCGAGGGCGGAAAGGUGACUAUCGAGAUUUCCAAUGCGCUCCGAACAUAACUGAGCCUCGGCAUUGGGUACAUCAGCGGAGCUCAUGGUGGAACUGACGUGGGUGGGUGAGAGUGAGUGAGUGAGGGAGAGGGUGAGGGAUAUGGAGUCGUGAGGGAGAUGUAAAAAAACAACAACAAAAAAACCACUUGAUUUCAUCAUGACGAUGGAACAUUUAAUCAAUAGAUUCAGAGAUGAAACUGGGAUCGUUCCCUGGAAAAGAGAUAGGCGAAAGACGGUCGCCCUGAAAGGGGCAUAUUGACAUCAUCACUCU